CCCGAGGAACGGGUUGCUCGGAUGUUCAAACUGCACAGAGGCGUUUGCAAACAGCCGGUGUCAGUGAAGAAUGAGUGCAAGCUGGAUGGACGUCAAGUGGGAUACGAUCUCAAGGAGUCCAAGGUCGGAGUGAAUGAAGGCAUGGUCUUCGGUGGCGUACGAGGUGAUAUAGUUAGAGGCGAAAACAUAUCCUCCUUCUGGACACCGUCGAUGCGUUCGGAAAUCGAGGCUUUCAAAAAAGUCUGCCAUAAACUCGGCUCCAAACUGCUACAGCUCUUUGCUCGACAGUUCGGGUUGCCAGCCAACUAUUUCUUAGACGCACACAAACUUGAUCAUGGCCCUGGAGAAGUGUUAGGAUGCUCCAUUACCCGACGUUAAACGAACGACCCGACAAGAAUUUCCCAAUGCUUUAUACUCAUACAGAGUGGGGCUCUUUGACCUUCGUGUGGCCACAAUCAGGCGGCAUUGAGGUUGAGACACCCUCUAACCGGUGGAUGGAAGUGCCCCUAAUUUCAGGGGGUGUCGUCGUCAAUGUCGGGGACGCCAUGUCGUUCUGGAGCGGGACGUUGAAGUCUACAUUACACAAGAUCAACUUCGACCAUCUCCCGCCUUUCGCAUUGCUAAUCCUCUUAGGUGCUCCUUUGGAGACCCUCCAACAAGAUGCAGAAGGCACAUUGAAAUCGGUUGGUAAGGAGCACAACCUCACGAUGGGAGAUUAUGUUAAGGCUCGGCUGUAUAUGUCUCAAUUAGAAGACGCGAAGAACAAUUGGAUUGGGCAACAACAGCAAGACAAGGGUUUACUCAAUGAUUUGAUGAAGGCAGUCAACAUGGUUCAAUACCUUGGGAUUGCUAAUGGGACCGGUAUUAUAAACAUGUCUCAAGUUACUGCUUCAAGUUAGAUAGCAAUAUCAAGCCAUUUCCCUUCUUGACCCGUCUUUCAAUCUAGAAUAUCUGUAUAACAGUUUAGGCUAGACGAACUUCUAGUCGUCGAGAGCACCACUAAUGUCU